CCUGGCGCUUUCCCAGGAAUCCUCAGAAUGUGAGGUUUCUCUCAAAGGCAUCUUGCAUCAGCCUGUGGAUGUAUGCCUACCACCGUGCUCCUUCACCGGCAAAGUGGAAAAAGAAGCGUUUCACAACAAAUUCUUCCUUUUGGGUUGCGGGAACGCAGUGGAUUAUAGCUCUGUUUUCUUCCUUCAAAACUGUGCACUCCUGGAUGAACGGAGAUCUACAACUGGUCUGGAGUUCAAUGCUCUAGAAAGUUCCAAGGCUCGUGGCCUGAAGCAAAGACGCUACAAUAAUUGAAGAGAAACAGAGCCCAGCUGUUCUUGAGGAUCUCGUUCCUCAGAGAAUGUUCUGCAGCCGUUGAUACUCCAGUUCCAACACCAUCUUCUGAGAUGAUCCUGAUUCCCAGAAUGCCCUUGGUGCUGCUCCUGCUGCUGCCUAUCUUGAGUUCUGCAAAAGCUCAGGUUAAUCCAGCCAUAUGCCGCUAUCCUCUGGGAAUGUCAGGGGGCCAUAUUCCAGAUGAGGACAUCACGGCUUCCAGUCAGUGGUCAGAAUCCACAGCUGCCAAAUAUGGAAGGCUGGAUUCAGAAGAAGGGGAUGGAGCCUGGUGUCCUGAGAUUCCAGUGGAACCUGAUGACCUGAAAGAGUUUCUGCAGAUUGACUUGCACACCCUGCACUUUAUCACUCUGGUGGGGACCCAGGGGCGCCAUGCAGGGGGCCAUGGCAUUGAGUUUGCCCCCAUGUACAAGAUCAAUUACAGUCGGGAUGGCACUCGCUGGAUCUCUUGGCGGAACCGGCAUGGGAAACAGGUGCUGGAUGGAAAUAGUAACCCUUAUGACAUUUUCCUAAAGGACUUGGAGCCACCCAUUGUGGCCAGAUUUGUCCGCUUCAUUCCGGUCACCGACCACUCCAUGAAUGUGUGCAUGAGAGUGGAGCUUUAUGGCUGUGUCUGGCUUGAUGGCUUGGUGUCUUACAAUGCUCCAGCUGGACAGCAGUUCGUACUCCCUGGAGGCUCCAUCAUUUAUCUGAAUGAUUCUGUCUAUGAUGGAGCCGUUGGGUACAGCAUGACUGAAGGGCUGGGUCAGUUGACAGAUGGGGUGUCUGGCCUGGACGAUUUCACCCAGACCCAUGAGUACCAUGUGUGGCCCGGCUAUGACUACGUGGGCUGGAGGAACGAGAGUGCCACCAAUGGUUACAUCGAGAUCAUGUUUGAAUUUGACCGCAUCAGGAAUUUUACUACUAUGAAGGUCCACUGCAACAACAUGUUUGCUAAAGGUGUGAAGAUCUUUAAGGAGGUACAGUGCUACUUCCGCUCUGAGGCCAAUGAGUGGGAACCUAAUGCCGUCUCCUUUCCCCUUGUCCUGGAUGACGUCAACCCCAGUGCUCGCUUCGUCACCGUGCCUCUCCAUCACCGCAUGGCCAGUGCCAUCAAGUGCCAAUACCAUUUUGCUGACACCUGGAUGAUGUUCAGUGAGAUCACCUUCCAGUCAGAUGCUGCAAUGUACAAUAACUCUGGAGCCCUGCCCACCUUGCCUGUGGCACCCACAACCUACGAUCCAAUGCUUAAAGUUGAUGACAGCAACACUCGGAUCCUGAUUGGCUGCCUGGUGGCCAUUAUAUUCAUCCUCCUGGCCAUCAUUGUCAUCAUCCUCUGGAGGCAGUUCUGGCAGAAAAUGCUGGAGAAGGCUUCCCGGAGGAUGCUGGAUGAUGAAAUGACAGUCAGCCUUUCCCUGCCAAGCGAGUCCAGCAUGUUCAACAAUAACCGUUCCUCAUCACCAAGUGAGCAGGAAUCCAACUCCACUUAUGAUCGCAUCUUUCCCCUUCGCCCUGACUACCAGGAGCCAUCCAGGCUGAUACGAAAACUUCCGGAAUUUGCUCCAGGGGAGGAAGAGUCAGGCUGCAGUGGCGUUGUGAAGCCUGUCCAGCCCAAUGGGCCUGAGGGGGUGCCCCAUUAUGCAGAAGCUGACAUUGUAAACCUCCAGGGUGUGACUGGAGGCAACACCUACUCAGUGCCUGCUGUUACCAUGGACCUGCUCUCAGGAAAAGACGUGGCUGUGGAAGAGUUCCCCAGGAAACUCUUAACUUUCAAGGAGAAGCUGGGAGAAGGCCAGUUUGGGGAGGUUCAUCUCUGUGAAGUGGAGGGAAUGGAAAAAUUCAAAGACAAAGAUUUUGCCCUAGAUGUCAGUGCCAACCAGCCUGUCCUGGUGGCCGUGAAAAUGCUCCGAGCAGAUGCCAACAAGAAUGCCAGGAAUGAUUUUCUUAAGGAGAUAAAGAUCAUGUCCCGGCUCAAGGACCCAAACAUCAUCCGUCUUCUAGCUGUGUGCAUCACUGAUGAUCCUCUGUGCAUGAUCACUGAGUACAUGGAGAAUGGAGAUCUCAAUCAGUUUCUUUCCCGCCAUGAGCCUCCCAGUUCUUCCUCCAGCAAUGUACCCACAGUCAGUUAUGCCAACCUGAAGUUUAUGGCUACCCAGAUUGCCUCUGGCAUGAAGUACCUUUCCUCUCUUAAUUUUGUCCACCGAGACCUGGCUACACGAAACUGCCUAGUGGGUAAGAACUAUACCAUCAAGAUAGCUGACUUCGGAAUGAGCAGAAACCUGUACAGUGGUGACUACUACCGGAUCCAGGGCCGGGCAGUGCUCCCUAUCCGCUGGAUGUCUUGGGAGAGCAUCUUACUGGGCAAAUUCACUACAGCAAGUGAUGUUUGGGCCUUUGGGGUGACUCUGUGGGAGACUUUCACCUUUUGCCAGGAGCAGCCUUAUUCCCAGCUGUCAGAUGAACAGGUCAUCGAGAAUACUGGAGAGUUCUUCCGAGACCAAGGGAGGCAGACUUACCUCCCCCAGCCUGCCAUCUGCCCUGACUCUGUGUAUAAGCUGAUGCUCAGCUGCUGGAGAAGGGACACCAAGCACCGUCCCUCGUUCCAGGAAAUCCACCUUCUGCUCCUUCAACAAGUGGAUGAAUGAUGCUGUCAAUGCCUGGCGACAUUCUGAUGGCCCAGGUCCUCCUCGCAAGACCUACCACUCAUGCAUGCCUAAGCCACUCCAUCUGGACGUUGAAUGGGCCUGAGAGAGAGAGGCUUGUUUGCUUUCACCUCUCUCUGACCCUUGUCUCCCUCCACUCCACUCCCUCACUGUCUACCCUCAACCCAUAUAUACAUUUUUUUUUUACAUUAAAGAACUAAAAAAGAAAAAAAAAAGCCUAGGGCAGAUAAAAUCUAGUAAAGGAAUCUUACUUGAUAUACCAAAUUGUUGGAUAAGGAAGGCUAGAUAAUUUAGAUAAUUUAUAAAGGUUAAAUAUGCUUGUGUUUAUAAAUGUGCAGAUUCUACAAUAUUUUUUUUCUGUGUCACCUUUUAAAAAAUAUUUUCAGAAAGAAAAACUUGAAGAAUACUAUUUUCUUGGGAAACAUGAGAUUAGGCUUAGGGAAAACCCUUGGUAAGUGUGGAGAAUCUGAUGAAAUGGUAUUGAGUAACUAAUCACAGAUGGGUUAGUUUCUUAGUUUGGCUUCUGGACAUGUCCCAUACUCUGCAUUUCCCUCUCCUGUCAAAGGAGAUGAUCCAUGCUUGAAAAACCCCAGCUUCUCGGAAUGGAUGUUUUGUUCAUUCAUGGGCAGGGGUCAGGGUUGAGGUCUACAUGCAUGAGAAAUACAGAGGAUGUGCAUAGGAAAGAAAGUCUACAGCAAGGCAGUAUGAAGGGGAAUUGUCAUUUGCAAAGAAAAAGUACCUCAUGAACAGAAGGAUUCUUGAAGAGAGAAUGGGCACGGGAAAAGAGGCCUAUGGAGGACAGGUAUCCGGUGUGCUAUUCUCUUCUGCAGCGGGUCCUCCUCUUUAUCUUGUUCAGACAUUGUUCAGACAUCUUCCAGCUCUUUUAAUGGAUGAAUCACCUACGGGACCUGUGGGCUGGGGGUUGAAUUUCUCAGGCAUUAAUAUCUGAAGGCUGUGUACAAUAAGGAAUAGAUCUGUCCUGAGUGUUCCUGAAGGGUUGACCUAAGACCAAUGAGGGGAAGUUACAGGGAGAUUAUUUCCACUCAUUAGGGAAAACACAGCCAGAGGCAGAACAUACAAGGAGGAGUGGGCUGCCUCCAGAGGUGGGGAGUCCUUUGUCACUGAAGAGGUUCAGAUCUAGGCUGAAGAACUAGGCAAGAAACAUGUAGGCUUUCAAACACAAGAUAAAUGGUUGUGUGAGAUGAUAUUUCAUGUCUUUCUACCCCAAGUCCUUGAGAGGCGCAGGGUGAGCAUGAACGAGAAGUCAUCAGGUGCUACUGCUUAGCAUACACACUCUUGCCUUGGAGGUAGUAUGACCAGCAGAAAAGAAGGCACGAGGCUCUGGUUUCAGAAUUCACGGAAACUGAUACUCAGUCAACUAAGAGUUCCCUCAGAGCAGAUUCUGAGCUUUCACACUCCACAAAUGCUCAGAUAUAGUGGAAAGAAGGAAAAGGGAAUCCUCAAUUCCUGCUGAGGAGAAUCAAGACCAGAUUACAGAGUAAGCUUCCCAAGCUUAGAAGAAAUAGUCUUAGCCCCUUGGGUCUGCUCUGUUGCCCUCCCCCAGCCCACCUUCUACGCAGUCCCUCCUCAGGAACUGGAGUGUUCCCCCACUUCAGCCUUCAGCACGGCUCCAGGCCACAGCAGAAGCGUAAAUCCCAAAUCCCCAAGAUUCAUUUUGCAGGUCAUCUUCCUUCUCCUAGCAAAUACCCUUUCCCCAUCGUUGUUCUGUGACUCUGGUGUCUUGUCUCUUCCAGGACGAACUUUGGAGGGAUGGUUGGUUUGGGAGUCAGGAGAGCAUUGUUUUGGGAGCUUUGAUCUUAUUCCUGCCCCAAGCCAAGUGUGUCAUCUUGGACAAGUCACUUUGCCUCUCUGUACUUGUGUUUCCUUAUCUGUAAAAUGAGGAAAUUGGAUUAGAUGUCUGGAAGUCUCUUCCAGUUCUGAUAUGUUCAGUGCUCCCUGGAUAAUUUGAUGUACAAUUGACAUGAACUCCGUUACCUGGUCAUCUCCUGCCCUGAAAAUUGUGGUCAGCAAAAGGGAUCAUGAGGGGAAGUUACUAUAAUAGUAGUAACAGUAACACCUGCUAAUCGUACAGUUCUUUAAAGUUUACCACAAGUUUCCACAUCCAUUAUCUAUUAGGUAGGUGCAGAGCCAGACAUGUUGUCUUAUACCUUGGGACGUGUCACACUCUGCUUUCAGAAUCAGUGCUAACUUUAUGUAUUAUUCAAAGUUCUCUAGAGAAACAGAACUAAUAGGAUAUAUAUAUAUAUCUCCUAUUAUAUAUAUAUAUAUACAUAUAUAUACAUAUAAUUUAUUAUAAGGAAUUGGCUCACACAAUUACGGAAGCUAAGAAGUCCCAUGAUCUGCCAUUUGCAAGCUGGAGGUCCAGGACAGCUGGUGGCGGUGCAGUUCUGAGAACCGGAGGCCAGUGGCAUAUGUCCCAGUCAAGGGCAAGAGAAGACUGAUGUUCUAGCUCAAGCAGUCAUGCAGAGAGAGCGAAUUCCCCCUUCCUCUGUUUUUUUCUUCUAUUCAGGACCUCAGCGGAUUUGAUGAUGCCCACCCACAUUGGAGGCCAAUCUGCUUUCAUCAGUCCACUGACUCAAAUGCUAAUUUCAUCCAAAACCCCCCUCAUAAACACACCCAGAAAUAACGUUUAAUCUGGGCCUUCUGUACCCCAGUCAGGUUGACACAGGAAAUUAAUCAUCACACUUCAAAAGAACUCAAGGGACUUGAAAUCAGGGCCUGCAGCCUAUUCCCCUUUAUCCACAUGUCUCUGGUAGGGCUCCUUCCAGACCAUGCUGUGACUCCUUAUGUGGCAAGAGAAAUUAAUAUCAUUUCCCUUUCCUUUGCCUAACAUCUCUGCACUUACUUCUUUCUACAAUUCUGUCCUCAAUUCGUUGCAUUUCAUGAUCCCAUAUAAAAAAGUCAUAUUUAAAAUUGACUUAGUGUGUCUGGAUUUUCCUGGCCUUCAGUCAGAGAAGUAAUCUGUUUCAGGUGGCUGGCAAAUUUGUAUUAUCACGUAGAGUUAUCCUUUUCUGGGAUGAGGAAGGCUCUGUUUUCUGGCACUGAGACUUAUAUCAGACACAGGUUUAACUUCCAGCCUUGUCAUACCCACAGAGCUUAGCAGCAUAAAUCUAAGAGAUGCGACAGAGUCCAUGGUGAAGAUUUAGCACAUAGAAUUUAAAAGUAGCUCGAAUCUAAAUGAGAAGAAUGAAGCUAGGAAUUACUUAGGAAAGGAGAUAGGAAAAGGGAUGAGAAACUGUGAGGCCUUGUUACCUCUGUAGUGUUAUCCUCUCCAUGAUGUAUGUGAAAUAUUUUAUAUCCAGAUUGUGGUUUUGCAUUGUCAGAUUUGAAUUUAUACUCUUGCUAGUUAAUGUGUUGAUAGCUAGGUCCAAAUCUUGAUGUGCUGUCCAGACACAUAUGUACUCAAAAAGAUUUGGAGGGGAAAGAGGCACCCGAGGGAGAAAUGUGAUUUUAAUGCUGUGGAAAGAAUACUUGCAAGUGUACAAGACAGUAUAACAAAAAGCACUGUAUGGAAGUGGAGUCAAAAAUGAAUAAACGAAUGUGCAUGUGACUGAACGGGGAGGCCACUGGGGGCUCGAAAGAAGGCUACAUAAAAGAGGUAAUGGAGAAUGCUCCAGAAGGGAUGGGGGAAGGUCAGGGCAAGCAAGGUAGAAACAGGUGUGCUGCAGAGAAUACAUUCUGAAGCAUGAAAGCAAAUCUCUCUGAAGAGAGAUCUGAGAGAAGGCAGAAAAAGUAAGUGUCUUGAAGAUAAAAGAUAAAUAUGUAUGGAGAAAGAAGGCAUUCUAGGUAAUAGAGGUUAUAAAAAUAUUUAUUAAAAAAUGAAAAGUCAGGUGCAGUGUAUGAAAUGGAAAGGAGCUUUUCAGGGUUUAAAGAACAGGGACGUCCAUGAUGAACAUAAAAACACACCAGCAACCAUCAGGGAAUGACCUUUUCAUUUCAGAGGGAGUGAGGGUCGGCGGCAGUUUGAGCACCUGUGGAUUCUAGAUAGGCCACUUCAAGUGCUGGGGUUUAAUGCUGGUCAGAAGAAAGCAACUCUUUGCCUGAACUGCUUUUGGAAACUCCAAAGAGCUGCUUUGGAAAUAAAGACCUAGAGAUGGGGAAUUUAUGGUAGUUCACGGAUCUCUGUGUUUCUGUCUUUUGCUUCUGUUAAUGAAAUCCAUUUAAAAUAAUGCUCAUCGUUGCUGUGCCCAGAAAGGCCACAGGGAAACUGAAACAAUAGGCUUAAGUUAGACUAGACUAAACCUUGUUUGAUAUCUGCACAAAGAGGUAUGUGCCAUGUUGGAACCAUGUGUUUUUCUAGUCUCAUCCAGGCUUCCCACAAGAAAGCCAUGAUGUGGGGCUAAGCCAUGUGUUUUGAGUAAAAGGAGACAAGAAGGGGAGUGUCUGAGAGAGGGAAAGAGAUGAAGAUGUUCCAAGGAAAUAUUCUAAAACAGAACCGCAUCUGUUUUGCCCAAAACUACAAAAAAUGAAGAAAAUUACAGUUAAUACUUAGAUUACCCCCAAUAUAUGGCUAUUAAGUCUUUGAUCCUAAAUUGAAUUUAUAGAACUGCCACCUUUGUCUUUUUAGUAAGAACUCUGACCUCUGGCAGUGCAUAUGGUAGGUCCCUAAAUGUUUCUGGAAGUUGCAGACCUCGAUCUACACUAGGAAAUCCUUCCGAAUUGAAAUUUAACAUUUUUAUAGAGGCAGAUUAAUGUCUUUUCCACUUGGUAAAUGUCUUGGAAUGCUGAAUUGUUAGGGAAAGAGACUGGAAUGGUGAUUCGAUUUCUGGCAUUUGAGUUCUCUGCUACAAUUAGCUGCAUUGCUUGGCGGCAGACAUGUGGUGGCUAAUUGUUUAGUGGCUGUAUCCUUUUUUUUAAACUUGUUAUUUAGAAACAGUUUAAGACUCACAGGAAGUUGCAAAAACAGUACAGAAUGGACUUACCCUAGCACAGAGCUUUCCCCAUUGAUAUCUUAUAUAACCAGUGUCCGUUUUCAAAAACAGAAAAUUGACAUUGGUCUAAUACUAUUAACUAAACUACAGCCCUUACUCAGAUUUCACCAGUUGUUCACACGUAUUUAUUUCAUUUCUGAAUACUUUGAACCCAUGCUGAUUUGUAACCCGUUCUUACUUGGACGCAGUGGGAAAGACACUAUCUGGAUACAAUACUACAAAAUUCUAAAGAGAAUAUAACAAAUUAAUCUGUUCUUUUAUCAACAUACAAUAUCCUGCCUAGAGUGCAUCCACAUUUCCUGACUAGUUUGGCUGCUUAGCAUCUAGAACAAGCCAACAGCAGCUUAGAAGUGUUCAGCAACACAAAAGAUAGUAAGACCUGCCCAUAGCUUGCUGGCUAGAGAAUCAGGUAUAGAAGGAUAUUCUAGAUGAUUCCUGGAGUCCCUAUAAAUAAGUAGGAUUUGUAAUGAUGGCAAGGAGAGGACUUUAGGGAAAACUAGUAUUUUGGUCAACAGCUAGGUGGCACUUAGUUAAUGGCAGCAGAGAUAGUUUGUGGAAGGAAUAGAGUAUCAUGGUAUAGACCCCUAAUGUGUGAUAAAACACUAUUUUCAGAAUAGUAGAGAAAUUUCAUUUGCCUAAAUGUCUGUUCUUAAAUGGAAUAACAACCACAUGGGACCAAAUUCAAUGCAAACAUAGCAGCAACCUGGGGGGAAGUAGAAAGUCUGGUUUCUUGAAUCAUGAUUUAGAGUUUUGUGAUGGCAUUUUUAAGCUGCCCUACUUAAGGGUCAUAAGAUUAUAACUGUGUUCACACUGCAUACCCCAUAUCCUAGCACAGAGUGAGCACUCAAUAAAUAUUUGCUGAAUGUUCUUUUUUGGAUGAAUAAAAGAUGGACACAGAAACUUGUCCUCCACCAGAACUGGGGUGAAUUUAGGGAAAAUUGCUUUGCUGUGAGGUAGAGGAGGUUUAUUUUUGAAUGAGGAAAGAGAAAAGGUGUCCAGGCUUGUACCUGGGAAGUACAUCCUUCAUUCAUAUAUUUUCUGACGGUGAAAUUGAGCUAUGGAAAUACCUUAUUCUUUGGGGUAUGUGGACAGCAAUGCGAGGCAGUUUUCUAAAGGCUACCCCAUCAAGAAUAGGCACCAGACUCUGGCCUCAAACCCAGCCCAUUUGAAAUAAGCUUUUUAGUUUCUCCUCCGGACACCUUAUCAACAAGUUCACAGGCCUCUAGAGGAGGAGGAUCGGAGUCCCAGACCAUCCUAUGCUUACCCACAUCCACAACUGCAUGUAAAGGAAGAAUUUGCAGAGAGACUCAAGGGAAAGCACAAUGGGAUAAAGCAAUCACUUUGAAUAAAAAAUUGUUCUCUUGAAAAGAGGCUUAGAAAUAAUUGAAAGUUGGGAGAAUUCCUGCAAACACACCAACAGUUUGUAAUCUAGCCUAUUCAUUUUAUGUCCUUUGCUAUUCAUUGAUAUUGCUAUUCUUCUGCCCUGUUGUCUGGUAACUUUCUGAGGACUGGAUUUCUGAAGCAAUGUGAUGCAUUCUUCCCAUGAGGAGGAAACAUCUGGGCCUCAUUCUGCAGGCUUGGGAGGAUGAUGUGUCUUGUCAAGGGGUAAAUAGCAAACUGAUUUAAUUUUUGCUUAAAACUAUCAUAGUCAUUCCAAAAUAGAAUGCGUAAAAGUUCUCUGUAUUAGAAAAAGAAAUGAGAUACCAAUUGUAUAUUUUCUUUUCUUUAUUUAUUCUCUGUAAGUCUGUCAGAUGAUAAAUUGUAAAUAACAAUGAUUAAAGAAAUAUGCUACUGAU